AUGUUCGUGGCAGACGUCAGUAGCUUGACGCUGGGAGACAAGGGUAGCUCAACUUCCACAUACACAGACCAUAGGAUUAUAAUUAUCAGUCCGGACAAUAAUCCGUCGAAAACAGUAUUUCCAACUAAUCGUAUCGUAUCAAAGAGGUAUACGAUCUGGAACUUUAUACCGAAGAAUCUCUUUGAACAGUUCAGACGAAUUGCGAACAUGUAUUUUCUCAUAUCGGCAUUGAUAUCUGCCAUGAUAGUGUCCCCUAUUUCACCUUGGACUAGUGCUUUACCUUUGAGCUUCGUCGUAUUCGUGACCGCGUGCAAACAAGGAUACGAGGACUACCUUCGACACGUAGUGGACAAACGUAUGAAUCGGGCAAUGGUCACCGUAAUCCGUAAUAAAUGCUUACAGACCAUUCACCGCCAACAAAUAGUAGUUGGCGACCUGGUGAAGGUUGUUCGGGACGAGGACUUACCCUGCGAUCUCUUGCUUCUCUCCAGCUCAGAAAACUCGGAUCGUUGUUACGUCACCACAUCCAAUCUUGACGGUGAAACGAAUUUAAAGACGUUAAUGGUUCCGAAGGUGCUUUCGGACGUGUUAGAAUCGCAAAUAGUGUCCAUGGAGGCCAGUGUCAUCUGUCAACAUCCUUCGUCCGAUCUCUACAGCUUCCACGGCAAGCUGGAAAUUAAUAACGGCGAGAAUGAUCCAGCCAGCGGACAUUUGACGAUCGACAAUCUAUUGCUCCGAGGAUCCAGACUGAAAGACACUGAUCACAUUAUCGGGUGCGCGGUUUACACAGGCCAGGAUACAAAACUGUCCCUUAAUUCGAAGAUCAGAAGCAACAAAUUCUCCACCAUCGAAAAGAGCAUCAAUAAGUACAUCAUCGGAUACAUGAUACUGCUUGUGAUCGAAGUAAUAGAAUCUUGCAUGAUGAAAAUUGUGAUAGGCUCAACGGCGAACUGGAAAUCCUACAUCGGUACCAGUGACGAUAUUACCUUCUCCUCGCUGAUCAAUGACUUUUUUGGCUUCACGAUCCUAUAUAACUACAUUGUGCCCAUAUCGUUAUAUGUCACCAUAGAAUUACAAAAAUUCCUCAGUUCGUUUUUCUUCAGCUGGGAUAUCGAUAUGUACGACCCAAGCACCGAUCAACCUGCAUUGGCUAACACGUCGGACUUGAACGAGGAACUCGGUCAGGUCGAGUACCUGUUCACUGACAAGACCGGUACGCUUACUGAAAAUCUGAUGGUGUUCAGACGUUGUUCGAUCAACGGGAAAACAUACAUGGAAAAGGAUUGCGACGGGUUUCUGUAUCAGUUGCCUGCUAGCGGACGCGAAGAGGAAGCCAAGAAGCUAACGGCAUGGGAGCCAAGCAUCUGGCACUUCAUGAUAAGCAUCUCUCUGUGCCACUCGGUUCAAAUCACACCUCCGAGUCAAAAGCUAAGCGUCAUUGCUAGACGCACAGAGUUUCGUGAGAGCUUCAGACAAAAGAAGAUUCUGCAAGUGCACAGUUCCCUAUUGAUGGAUCCGGAUCUGCCGGAGUACCAGGCAACAUCGGCAGACGAAAAGGCUUUGGUUGAAGCCAGCGCCAGAUGCGGAAUCGUUUUUCAAAAUGCCACCAGCGACAUAAUAGAACUUAAUGUUCGUGACACCUUGAUGACCUUUAAAAAGCUAGAAGUUUUGGAAUUCACUUCCGAACGUAAGAGAAUGUCGAUAAUAGUGAAAGAUAGUGCUGAUGAUUACUGGUUGUACUGCAAAGGAGCGGAUUCUGCAAUUCUGCCGCUAAUAGUCUCGGGACUGACUAACGAAACCAUCACUCACGUAGCCGAUUUCUCCAUGAGAGGAUUUCGAACUCUGGUCAUUGCAUACAAGAAGAUGGAUCAGGCACAGUUCGAGGAACUGAGGCAGAAAGUGGAACAAGCCAGACAAGUAAUUGGCAUCGACCGAGCAGCGUACAUGAAGAGAGCUUACAAUCAGAUGGAAAGCGGUCUCACUCUGCUAGGUGUGACUGCGGUCGAAGAUCGCCUUCAGGAAGGCGUACAAGACACGCUUGAGUGUCUACGAGUCGCUGGCAUUAAGAUAUGGGUGUUGACCGGAGACAAAGCAGAAACCGCUGAGAAUAUAGCCUUCCUCUGUGGACAAUUCAAAGAGGGUACCGAAAUAUUGAGAUUGUUAGAAAUAUCCAUCGACCAAACUUGCUUUCAUCGUGUUAUGGAUUUUGAACGAAGGAUAAAGCUCGAACCUUACAAACAAUACGGACUGUUGGUCGAUGGUAGUAGCAUAGCAGUCGCAUUGAGAACAUGCUUGGAAGAAUUUCGAUUCGUGGGAAUGGCCUGUGAGGCGGUAGUUUGUUGCCGGUUGACGCCUCUGCAAAAGAGCGAAAUCGUGAGGAUGGUUAAAGAAGAAAGGACUCAACCGCACACGGCUGCCAUUGGCGACGGGGGUAACGAUGUCGCGAUGAUACAGGAGGCGCACGUUGGAAUUGGCAUAAUGGGUAAAGAAGGCCGCCAAGCGACCAUGAGUUCCGAUUUCGCGAUAGCGAAAUUUAGAUUUUUGAAGAAGGCAUUACUGGUGCACGGACACUGGUUUUACAUGCGAAUCAGCACUUUGACGUUGUAUUUCUUUUACAAGAACAUUCUGUUCAUAACGCCACAAGUGCUGUUUGGCUUUCACAGCGGUUUUUCUGGCCAGGCAUUUUACGACGGUAUGUUUUUAAUGCUUUACAAUGUACUAUUUACGUCUCUACCAAUACUGACGUACGGAUUGUUUGAGCAAGAUUAUAGCGCUAAUACGCUGCUGCAUUAUCCCUAUAUGUAUAAAAUGUAUAAAAGAAAUUAUUUAUUGUCGGGGAAACAGUUCUUUAUAUGGACAUUACUAGGUUUCUGGCAUACCUCAGUCAUAUAUAGUAUGACGUACUAUUGCAUACAGACCAAUCCUAUUGCUUUGUACAAUAAUACACCGGUAGACCAAUGGACGUUCAGUACAUAUGUUAUUCAUUUAGUUACAAUAGUAGCCAAUGUACAGAUACUAUUUCGCAGUUCGUAUUUAACGAAGCCGUUCCUGUUAGCAGUGGUAUUAUCACAAUUAGCGUUUUGCGCAUUCGCGAUUGGAUAUUCAUUCGUGAACAAAAGGUACGAUGGCGACAUGCUAAUGAUCUACCCGAUGAUAUUAUCAUCGAUGACCUUCUGGUUGAUGACCAUAGUUAUUGUCAUCCUUUGUCUACUUCCCGAUUGUUUAAUUCUCAGAUACAACAGAUACAGAUCUGCUCGUGUAGCGAGACGAAACGAGGAACAUCCACGUCAUGUUAUCGUCAACGCUAACAAUACCAGAGAAACUAUACCGUUGCAAAUACGGAAUCGAAGCUUCUUCCGUAUAGUGCCAUGGGUGGGCAUCAUGCGAAGGAAGACUGUGUAAAAUAUAAUCAUAAGGAAUAGAUUUCGUUGUGUCAUUAUCAAGUUAGCAAAUCAUACCACGUCACGUCCGAAACUGUAAGUCGUCCAUUGAUUCAUACACCGA